AUGUCGGAUCUCAACAAGUUGUCGGAUGCGCAUAUCCUAUUACUAGCAGCGCAGCUGGCCUCUGCUGCCGAACUCGAGGACCUGCUUCUUUUGCAGCACCAGCACACUGAAAUUUUGCCAAUCACCCUUAUCUACCGACUUGUUCUCUCAUUUUAUCCGACAAAUGACUCCGUACAAGCUAGGCUCGCGAGCUUCUUGAAGCGCCUGCAUAGUCAUGACCUUCCUCCUUCCAAACAUGGCAAAGCCAUCUCCAUCGACCCAUUCAUUUCAGCAACCUCAGACCACGAGGCCGUACGCCGCUGUCGAAUCCUGAAACUCGUUCCACUUCCUCAAGAACCGAUCCUUGCCACCGACAAUAAUCUUGCGAACUUUGUCGUAACUUGGUCACACCAUCUGGCUUCAAUCGGGAGUACUCCAGCCGUUCUGAACUUCGUCGAAUGCUUUCUCGACCUAGACCCUGUAUUGACAUCCUGGUAUCAAUCAUGUCUAACCCCCCAUGCUCGUCUUGAAUAUGAGCUGUAUCCUGAAUCCACCGACAUGCUCCUUCUCUCAGAUGUUGAAACCCUUUCAGGGCGAGAUGGCAUUAGCCAACUAUUGAAAUUCGCUCGAAAUGCGCACUCCUCUCCAUUGCUCAAAAGAGAUCUCGACGAAGUUGUGACCCCUUGGGUUCAAGGCUCUGGAAACUGGAAGAGAAGGAAGAUUGAACAACCAUCGGCCAAUUCAGAAUAUGCUUCAUGGAACAAUGUCAACGAUUGGUUUGUGUCCGCGAGUGUUGACGAUUUUGCCACCGUCGCGAGUGCCUUUGUGGAAUGGGAUGGUCCUCCAGCCAACCUGACUGGAGCAGACAGCAAUCCCAAAUCCCUGCCCCAGGUCGUGCUCCGGCUCCUGCAGACUGGAAUUGCAAUGGUAUAUGCGAGCUCCAAAAUCUCUCCUGAAGUCACCGCGGGUGCUCGAAACGUCCUCCGCAAGGUGGCAACAAAGUGCGACUUUCAGAUCUUCGAUAUUGCUUCUCCCGACUCAAAUAGUAGGUUGCCGGCGACAUUUACAGAGUCACUCAAAGAGUCGCAUCUCCUUCUCACGGCCCUCUUGACCCCGGGCAAUCCUUUGACCACGCCGAGUAUAUCUUCCCUGCAACUACUGCAGCACCUGCUCGAUACGGCAGACCUAAUGCUAGAUUUUGAGCUACCUGUUACGAUCACGGACCUGUCCCGACUUUGCGUGUUCGGCACAGAAAGACAGCAGAGAGAAAAGUUUCGCCAGAUGAUGCAGCGAAUCGCUCUCAAGCAACCAACUGACUGGGCCACUGCAAAAGCCAGACUAUUAAAAGCGCACGAUUGGCGCAUGUCAUCUCAAACAGAGCAAGGUCACAAUCCUUUGGGCAUCUUCUCCCAUCUGUCACCCAGGUUUAUGGACAUGCAGCUACUUGUGGCCGCUUUGGAGCACGGGCGAUAUGAUGUGGUCAAAGAACUUUACAUCGACAAUUCGAUGCCCUACCUAACUGUUGAAGAUGUCGAAAGCACGAUUGCAGCCGCCAUCUUGAAGUCAUACGACAAUGCUAGCGACGGGAACCGUGACAGUGGCGGUCUCCGUAGCGCAUAUGACAUGCUACGAACAUUCCGACCACAUUUUCCCAAAAGUGCAACGCUUCAAGACAUUGAUCAACUCAUCAAAGCAACACAUCGCUUGUCAUUUUAUCGCCUUGAUCUGCUGCACGGCGUUCCUUUCCGGCCUGUCGCUAUUCGAGUCCAAAAGAACCCCUUGAAUUUGAUCGCAAAGGUUUUGGAACAGGAUCAUAGAGCAUAUACCAAGUUAGACGAUCUUUUGGAGAUUGGACGAAGUCUCGUGCACGCACACCUACCCAGCCGGGCUUCCCUUCAGGACUCCUUAGAACCUGUUCAGAUUCGGCUGAUUGAGGCUGAACACGAGAUCACGCGACUGGCGAUUGAAGCGGCAUUGUCAGCGGAUGACUUCAACACGGCUUACUCUUAUAUCACAACCCGUUUCUCAAACAGCACGCUUCCUGAAUACUCAGACGACACGUCUUGGAGGGCGGCCUUCGCAGCAGGAAAAUAUAGGCCAUCGACGUCGCCAAAGAAUCUGGAGGCUCGCAUUGAGAACCUGGCACAGCGGAUGGAACUUUUGUCUCGCGCGUUGAUUUUAGCGCCCGUUGGAGAAUGUCUGGCGGAGAUUCUUGGUACUUGGCGACGACACGAGGAGGAGAUGAUUGCGCUGAGAGAAGAGGGAGUUUUGGAAGAACGUGCAGCUGAUGCCCGUGCCGACGGGGAAAUACCAGGGUCUUUUGGCCUCGAUGACCGGGAACUUGAUGCAGCGGAAUCGAAGCAAACUAUGGCACGCCGUGGCUGGCCGGGCGCGGCUCCGGGAAUCUCAUACGAAGAGCAUGCCCCAAUGGGCUUGUUCGACGUUGCAAAGGGCGCAGCUACCGCACUCCGGAAGAGCUCCUUCUUCCCUAUUGGCACAGGGGGUUUGCAGAACCUCAAUAUCCGAGACAACAGUGCUCCUCUGCCACAGCCCUAUGGAUUAGAUCAGCAGGGAGAUCACACGGCUAUAGGUGAACGGGUUCGCAAGCGCGACACUGUGACGAAUGCAUUUGUGUCGGGUAUGGGUUGGGUUCUAGGAGCCCAGCCGCAGGACCGUACUGACACGCGGGCAAGUAACGGAUAA